AUGUUUAAACAGCACUUCAAAGUGUGCUUUUGUUUCAAUAGAAUGUUUAGGCUAAAGGUGGCUGAACCUCCAGAGGAAAUCUACAAUAUUUUUGAUAAUUAUUCACACAAUGGAACCAUGAGCAUGGAUGACCUGUGCAUGUUUUUAGUUGAAUUUCAAGGAGAAAAAAGUGAAGAUGCUACCUAUAGACAUGUUCAAGCCAUUUUUAACCGUCUCAAGCAUCUCAAUAUAUUUCAAAGGAAAGGCCUUCAUGUUCAUGCCUUCUUCCGUUAUCUCUUAGAUGACCUUAAUGGUCCCCUUUCUGAGGUGCGCCAUAACAUGAAUUUCCCAUUGGCCCAUUAUUUCUUGUACACGGGCCACAACUCCUACUUAACAGGAAAUCAAUUCAGCAGUGAAAGCAGUAUUUCCCCAAUAAUAAAGGCAUUGAAGAAAGGAGUUAGAGUAAUUGAGCUUGAUUUAUGGCCAAAUUCCAGAGAAGAUGAUGUGCAAGUUCGUCAUGGAAGGACUAUGACUACUUCAGUGAAACUCAAAGCUUGUUUGAAUGCAAUUAAGGACUAUGCAUUUUAUGCCUCUCAUUAUCCUGUUGUUAUAACUUUUGAAGACCAUAUAACUCGAUCCUUUCAAGCCAAAAUGGUCAAUAUCAUGUUUGGAGACAUGUUGUUUUGCCCUGAUUCACAACAAAUGGAGCAAUUCCCUUCUCCAGAAUCACUGAAAGGAAAAAAAUUUAUUUCAACUAAACCACCAGAGUCUCUUUAAGAGGAAGAAGCGCAUAGACUUGAGGACAAAGAUGACAGAUUUGGGGUAGGUGAUCAGGAUGAUUCUGAUGAGCAGGGUGAGGAGGAUGAGACUCUUGAAUAUAGGAAUCUGAUUUCCAUUCAUGCAGGGAAACCAAAAGGUAAGUUAGAGAACAGUCUAAUUGUUCAUAAUCAAGUCAGGCGUCUCAGUUUGAGUGAGCAAGAGCUUGAAGAUAUCACCAAAACUCAUGGAACUGACAUUGUCAGAUUCACCCAAAGGAAUUUGCUUAGAAUAUAUCCAAAGGGUAUGCGGUUGGACUCAUCUAAUUACGACCCCAUGACUGGAUGGAUGCAUGGAGCUCAAAUGGUAGCAUUUAAUAUGCAGGGACAUGGGCACUAUCUUAGGUACAUGGAAGGAAUGUUCAGAGCCAAUGGUGGUUGUGGUUAUGUAAAGAAACCAGAUAUCUUGUUGAAUGUUGGCCCCAAUGGUGAGGUUUUUGAUCCUAGAGCAAGCCGACCAGUUCAGACAAUUCUGCAGGUUUUGGUAUACAUGGGUGACGGGUGGCGUUUAGAUUUCGGCCCAACACACUUCGAUUUUUACUCUCCUCCUGAUUUCUGUGUAGUGGUUGGUAUUCAUGGUGUCCCAGAUGAUAUAAAUACCAAAACAACUAAGACAAUUGAAGACGAGUGGAUACCAAUAUGGGAUGAACAGUUCAGCUUUCCAUUAACUGUUCCAGAAUUGGCCCUUCUGCACAUUAAAGUUCAGGAGCGUGACUUUUCUAAAAAACAUGAUUUUGGCGGACAAACAUGUUUACCUGUUUCUGAUAUAAAAGAAGGCAUCCGUGCAGUUCGCUUGCAUGACCGCUGGGGUGAACCUUACAAGUCUGUAAGGCUUCUAAUCCAUUUUCAAUUUGUUAACAGCACUGCAUAA